CAGGAUGCAAGAUUUAUGUAUAUUGUAAGUCCUGGAGGGGAUUUGGGAGCUAAAAAGAAGAAAAAGAAACAGAAGAGAAAAAAGGAGAAACCAAACUCCGGUGGCACCAAAUCAGAUUCUGCAUCUGACUCCCAAGAGAUUAAAAUUCAGCAGCCUUCAAAAAAUCCAGCCAUUCCAAUGCAGAAGCUGCAAGAUAUUCAGAGAGCUAUGGAGCUGCUCUCUGCAUGCCAGGGACCAGCAAAGAACAUUGACGAAGCGACCAAACGUAAAUACCAGUUUUGGGAUACACAACCUGUACCGAAACUAAAUGAAGUUAUAACUUCUCAUGGUGCAAUUGAACCAGAUAAGGACAAUGUCCGUCUAGAGCCAUACUCUUUGCCACAGGGUUUUAUGUGGGACACUUUGGACCUGAGCAAUGCUGAAGUUCUAAAGGAACUAUAUACCUUACUAAAUGAGAAUUACGUAGAAGAUGAUGAUAACAUGUUUAGGUUUGACUACUCACCUGAAUUUCUUCUGUGGGCAUUACGUCCUCCAGGCUGGUUACCUCAAUGGCACUGUGGAGUUAGAGUAUCAUCAAACAAAAAAUUAGUAGGCUUCAUAAGUGCCAUCCCUGCACACAUUCGAAUUUAUGACAGUGUGAAGAAAAUGGUAGAAAUCAAUUUUCUUUGUGUCCAUAAGAAAUUGAGAUCUAAACGAGUAGCACCUGUGCUGAUUCGGGAAAUAACAAGAAGAGUAAACCUGGAAGGGAUUUUUCAGGCAGUUUACACUGCAGGAGUGGUACUCCCCAAGCCUGUGGCCACAUGCAGGUAUUGGCAUCGAUCACUAAACCCCAGAAAAUUGGUAGAGGUGAAAUUUUCACAUUUGAGUAGAAAUAUGACUUUACAAAGAACAAUGAAGCUCUACAGACUUCCCGAUGCCACAAAGACUUCAGGUUUGAGACCAAUGGAACAAAAAGAUAUUAAAGCAGUGCAAGAAUUAAUCAACAGUUAUUUGAAGCAAUUUAAUCUUGCUCCUGUAAUGGAUGAAGAAGAGGUAGCCCACUGGUUCCUGCCUCAGGAUCAUAUUAUUGACACCUUUGUAGUUGAGAGCUCAAAUGGUAUUUUAACUGAUUUCCUCAGUUUCUACACAUUACCUUCAACAGUUAUGCAUCAUCCAGUUCAUAAAAGCCUCAAAGCUGCCUAUUCCUUCUACAAUAUUCAUACAGAAACUCCUCUCUUGGAUUUAAUGAAUGAUGCACUUAUUAUAGCUAAAUUGAAGGGAUUUGAUGUGUUCAAUGCACUAGACUUGAUGGAAAACAAAACAUUCCUGGAAAAGCUCAAGUUUGGGAUAGGAGAUGGCAACUUGCAGUAUUAUUUAUACAACUGGCGAUGUCCUGGCAUGGAAUCUGAAAAGGUUGGCCUUGUAUUACAAUAAGAAGAACUCUCGUGUUUCUAGAACUCUGAAGUUGUCAUUUGGAUUGAUUUAAUCUACAUAACAGUUCUUGGAACAGUAUUGUUCAAGAGGAGUAAAAGCACAACAUCAGUAAAAUUGAAAUAAUUCAUCAAAUCUAAAAUAAUGAAGAAAACCAUAUCUGACCUAUUUUACACAUUUUGAAAUAGAAUGGAAAGUUCAUGAAACUCUUAUUGCCCAUAAAAAGAAUAAAAGCACAUUCAUUAAAUUUACAAAGCUUAGCUCGCACCUUGAUAAAAAGAGGGUAUUUUUUUUCCACUCUGUAGAAAAGACUGUUUUGUACAAACUGAACUGCAGUGGUGGAUUAGGGUAUGAAAAUCUUUGCUAUUAUGUGAAUGAACUGCUGCAUUUCUAUUUAUUAAGUGGUGUGUGUUUGUCAGUGUAACAGAAUGAAGGAUCCAAACUGAGUAUCUUUGCUUAUUAAAUUCAUAUGGAUGUCAUCAUUUGGGGUAAAAUAAUGGAGUAUGAUACAUUUGUAACUAAUAUGAAAGUCUUGGAUGUUUUUGUAACUGGAGCAGUAUGAAAAUGUGCUGGUUUGACUAGUACAUUUGUUUCUCCGUAAGCAACGCUGCCAAAUCAAUAAAAAUACAGAUUUGUACUUUGAUCUUCAA